UCACCUGGGGAAAAAAAAAAGUGGGAAUUUCUUGUGUUACCGGGACGAGGGUGACGCAAUUCUGGAAAACGUGUUAAAAUUCAACAAAGCCGAGUUUUCCUGUUCUGCCCUUGGCUUCCCGAGCCUAAACCCAAAUAUUUCAGGACGUUUGGUGCGCCAGAAUAAAAAGAAGAAUAUAAAUGUGGGGCCAAGGGGGUGUUUUGGGCUGCUAAACCCGAAAUAAUUCCUGCUUUUCCCCCUCGAUUUUCAGCUUUUCCUUGGAAUUUGGAACGCCAGGGGAGGUUUCUCCAGGCUCCGGCGAGCUGAGGGUUAAAUUCCCAGGAGAGAGCUCCUCCUCCCGCUCCGGUCUCACCCUGCUCCGGGUGACAAUGCCGAAGGUUUGGGUGACCCUGGAAGGGUCCCUGGGAGGGAAUUGCCGGGGAUAAAGCGUCCCCGAGGUCGGGGAUUGUCACCGCUGUCCCCUCUGAGUCAGAGCGGGCAGCGCGGAUUUCUCCUCCCGGACAAUUUGGGGACAAUUUGGGGACAAUUUUGUGGUCGCUGAAGGCUCGCCGGGACCUCGGGAAUUCCUGCGCUGCCGCUUUUUAAAAUCCCAGGGCAGGAGUGAAAGUUUGGAAUCACCGCGAGGUGUUUCCUGGAAAUUCCAGGAAUUUCCUCCUGGAAAGGGCGGUCAGGGGCUGCCCAGUGAGGUUUGGAGUUGCCACUGCUGGAAGCGUCCAAGGAAUUCCUGGAAAGGGGUUGAUCCAUCCAAAGAUGGACUUGAUGAUCUUGGAGGGCUUUUUCAACCUCAGCGAUCCUGGAAUCCUCUGGAUAAAUCUCAUUUUCCGCAGAGAUGCAGCUCUCACCCAUCCAAACACAAUGGAGCAGGGAGCUGAGUUCAUCUCCCGGGAUUUUUAAUGACAUCCAAGAUUUUUCCCACCCAAAUGGAAUUCGGGGAACCGGCCCCAGAGAAUUCCAGAAGGGAAUUUAAAAAGGUGUUUCAGCCUAGAUGUGAAAUAAAGGGAACUCUGUGCCUGCAGUGCAUUCCCUGAGGAUUAGUGCAGGUGGAACAAAAUCCAGAUUUUUAUGGAGCGGGAAAACCCUCUGAAAUCCAAUCCCAGUCCCCAAAUCUCCGGGAUCCAUCGGGACACGGCUCCUGGAGACACCACGUCCCACCCAGACGGGAAUUUCGUCACCUUUGGUCAUCCCCGGCCUCUCCCGGGCUCAUCUCCGCGGCUUUUCCGGAGCUUUUAUCGGAUCAAGAUCCUGACACGAUCACUUCCAACAGGCUGAGCUGGUCCCACGCCACCUCCCGGAAUUCCUGGGCAGCGCCUGGAAGCGGCUGCAACUUCCUCCCUCCACAACCCUUCAGCAGCACAAGGUUGGAAAAUUCCGGAAUUUUCUCCCGUCCGAACAAUUCCCGCUUUCCCCUGGGUCCUGCCUCGCUGCUCCCUCUGGGACAGGCUCGGUUUUAGUCUCCAGCUUUGGGAAUACCCCAGCCCAAGCCCAAAGCCUGACUCAGGCCUUGCUGGUGCUCCACUGGUGCUGAUUCCAAGCUGGAAUUAGGGCACUUCCCAGACCUGCCCGGCUGCUUUCGAGGCAGCCUGGCGGCUGGCAGGGCUCGGAACCGAGAUAAGCUCCUGGAAUUGUGCCCUUCCCGCGGGGAGAUGCAGGGAAGGAGAUCAGAGUCCCCUCAAAACCUCGGGUUCGGCACUGCCCCGUUCCUGGAGCUGUCCGAGGAACGUUGGAUGGGGCUUGGAGAGACCUGGGACAGUGGGAAUUGUCCCUGGCCGUGGCAGGGGCUUGGAGCAGGGAUGAUCCUGAAGGUCCUUUCCAACCCAAACCAUUCCAUGAUCCUCUGAUUUUCUCGGAGUCCCUGAUUUUAUUAUACCAUGAUUUCAUGCUUCUGUCAUUCCGCGAUUCCGCGAUUCCCUGCUCCUCUUAGUCCAGGAUUUUCUGAUUCUCUGAUUCUAUUAUUCCACGUGAUUCUGUGAUCCUCUAAUUCCAUCACUUUGUGAUUUUAUGGUUCCAUGAUUUCCCGAUUUCAUGAUUCCAUGAUUCCCUGUUUCUAUUAUUCCACGAUUUCAUCAUUCCCUGAUCCUGGUUUUUGCCCCGCUGAGGCCGGAGCAGCUGAGUUUGAGAGCGGACAGGGAAUUUCACCACCUCCAACCUUCCACCCGAAUUUUUGUGCAAUAUUCCCGAGGGAAUUCUCCUCCUCAGGUCGGUGCUGUCCAUCCCUCAGAGCCCCAGAGAGGGACAGGACACCUCCACCUGCUCGGGACAUUUUUAUUUCAGCAAUAAAUAAAGGAUUUCUGGAAUAUUUCCGUGCCAAAUUUAAACCCAGAACCUGCAACGCCCAGGGAUUAAAGUCAAACACUUCCCAUGGCUGGGAGGGAGAGACCUAAACCUAAUCCUAAACCUAAUCCUAAACCCUGUCUGGAGAUCAGAAGAUGUGGCCUGACCUUAAACUGGUUUGGAUCCAGUCUGGAAAAGCUCCGGAGGUCACCGGGCAGCAACCUCAGCACAAAAAUUGUGGAUAUUGCCCAAAGAGGCUCCGGAGUCAGCCCCUGGAAAGGGAGGGAACGUUUUUCCCCGAGGAGAGGUGGAAUUGCUCUUCCCAUCCCCGGGAAUUGCACAAAAAUCUAUUUUUAGCCAAACCUUUGGGAAAACGACGGGAGAAACGUGAGGGAAUGGAGGGAACGUGGAGCUCCCGGUCCGCCCCAAAUAUUCCACAAAUUCCCGGGACGGCGACACCGCGGGGAAGGAAAUUCCCAGCCCGGCAUUCCCAGGAUUCGGGACCUUUGUGCACAGAGGGGAGGAUCCUCGGGAACUUUUGCCCUGCCAGAUUUCAGCCGUGACUCAGUAGCUGCCGAACCGGCCCGGCCUGGCCCGGGGCUCCGCAGGGUUCGGCUCCGCCCAUCUCGUUGUUGUGUCCAGCUCCGGGCUGGACAUCGCGGUGAACUCAUCAAACAAAGGCUUAAUUAGCACCUGCUGGAUGGCUUAAUUAGCACCUGCAGCAUCUCCCGUCCUGCCACGUGUCCCCAAGAUGUCCUGCCACCUGCACCAGCACCUCCCUCCGCCCUACCAGGACCCCGUGGCGUUGUCCCCUGGCGUCCCCUUCCCGCCUCAGCGGUGGCACUCCAGCACCUGCAUCCCCCAGGCCGUGCCCGGCCAGGUGCCCCUGCAGCGGGCCAUGUCCUCCAGCGUGUGCCACCAGCAGAGUGUCACCCAGGCCGUGCCACCCCGCCAGCUCCACGGACCCCCCUGCGUGCCCCAGCGCCUCCUGCAGCAGCAGAUUGUCCCCAGGCGGGUGACAACGUGCGUGCCACCGCAGCAGCGCGUGACCGGCGGCGCGGGCGUCACCUGGGGAGUGCCACAGCAGGUGGGGGUGACCCGGUGCGUGCCACACCAGGUGGGGGUGACCCAGUGCGUGCCACAGCAGCUGCGGGUGCCACAGCACUGCCCGCCCGUCCCCCAGCAGCAGAAGAUUGUCCCCAGGUGUGUCACCAGCUGCGGGCCGCAGCAGCACCUGACGGGCGGCGCGGGUGUCACCGGUGUCACCCAGUGCGUGCCGCAGCAGCUGCAGGUGCCACCGCCCCAGUGCGUCCCCCAGCAGCAGAAGAUUGUCCCCAGGUGCGUCACCACCUGCGCGCCGCGGCCGCCGUUGGUCACCAAGGGUGUCCCGCAGCAGCAGAGUGCCACCAGGUGCGUCCCCCAGCAGUGUGUGACCAGCGUCUGUCCCCAGCAGGGUGUCCCCAGGUGUGUCACCACCUGUGUCCCCCAGCAGCGUGCGGCUCAGGGAGUCUCGUACCAGUGGGUGACAGCGCCUGUCCCCCAGCAGUGGCACAGUGUCACCGCCGGUGUCCCCCAGCAGUGGCACAGCAGGUGUGUCACCAAGUGUGUCCCGCAGCAGUGUGACACUGGCGGGGCCAGCAUUUGUGUCCCCCAGCAGCAACAGAGUGGGACAAUCUGUGUCCCCCAGCAAGGUGCCACCAAGUGUGUCCCCCAGCAGUGUGCCACCAAGUGUGUCCCCCAGCAAAGUGCCACCAGGUGUGUCCCCCAGCAGUGUGUCACCAAAUGUGUCCCCCAGCAAUAUGGGACAAUCUGUGUCCCCCAGCAGUGUGUGACCAAGAGUGUCACUCAACAGAGUGCCACCAAGUGUGUCCCCCAGCAGAGCGUGACCAAGUGUGUCCCCCAUCAAGGUGUGGCCAAGUGCGUCCCCAAGCAAAGUGUCACCAAAGGUGUCACUCAGAAGUAUGGGACAGUCUGUGUCCCCCAGCAAAGUGCCACCAAGUGUGUCCCCCAGCAAAGUGUCAAGUGUGUCCCUCAGCAGUGUGGCACAAUUUGUGUCCCUCAGCAAAGUGCCACCAAGUGUGUCCCCCAGCAGUAUGGGACAAUUGGUGUCCCCCAGCAGAGUGCCACCAAGUGUGUCCCCCAGCAGAGUGUCACCAAGUGUGUCCCCCAGCAAUAUGGGACAAUUGGUGUCCCCCAGCAGAGUGCCACCAAGUGUGUCCCCCAGCAGAGUGCCACCAAAUGUGUCCCCCAGCAAUAUGGGACAAUCUGUGUCCCCCAGCAGAGUGCCACCAAGUGUGUCCCCCAGCAGAGUGCCACCAGCUGUGUCCCCCAGCAGGCCGGUGGAGUGAAGAUCUCCAGCCACUCCAAGAAAUACUGCUCGGCCCCCAAGUGGCCCUGGUGACCCCCAGGGAGUGUGACGGGGACAAUCCCUGGGAAUGUGGCCACAAUUCCCAUUUUUUUAACCCCUGCCCCCCGCAGAGUCCCCAAACAGCAAUGUCCCCAAAAUGUCCCUCCUGAAGUUUUUAUUCUUUGGUUGAGAUAAAAUCUGCAACUUGAAAUGAAAACUCUUCAAAAUAACAAAAGUUAGAGCAGGGUUAUUUUAUAAAUGUUUCAUUAAAUUAAUUAAAUUUGUUAUGCUGAAGAUGUGCACUGAAAACAAAUUUUAUCUACAGAAAUAUAUGAAUAUUUUACAUAUAUAUAUAUAUGAAAACUUAAAUAAACAUUCUUGCCUGACCUCGGAUUAAAA